GGUAGAGGGUCAAAUAUGUCUGAACACGUGUGAAAACUGGACUGUAAAAGACUAUUUCAGUCCAAAAUAAGCCGUAGAAGUCGCCGGCUCUAAACUCCGCCCACCGCCGGCGACCGCCAUUUUGCCCCGGCGUGCAUGACGUCACAUGCUGCUGGCAGCACUGCCGUCGUCUGCUACCAAACAGCCACCUACCGCAGGCGGUCAAGUACGUGUUGCGGCGUGGUCCGCACGUGGUCAGUGUGUUGCGAGUGUUACUGUGUUGCGGCGUGGUACCAGUACCACCCCCAUGUCGUCGACACCAUCAUCUCACGAUUCGGGCAGUGGGUCACCGAGCAGCAGAAGCAGCGACAACGUCGUAUACGCUGCGCAUUUUGAUUUCGACCCCAUCGCCACCAGCUCAAGCGACGAGGAAAGCGUGGAAGACGGGGUGAACCCACAUGACAACGACCUCGGCGUUGUGGCAAACGUUGCUGAUGGCCUUCCGCACUGGUGUUCCUGCGGCCAGUGCAGGCAUAUGGAGUCGGCCACAGAAAAUAUCUGCUGCCAAACCAUCGCAAAAGUCAAGGUCAAAAUAGAGGACAGAGACAGCUGCAUAACAAAUCACCCCACAUUUGUGGGGGGGAUUAUCAACAUCCACGCCAUUGAGGAGGUACAGGAACACAGCGUACAUCUGUUUUGCAAGAUGGAUUUGGCACAAGCUGGGCAGAUAUAACAGAAAGCCUCUUCCAAGCUGUGUGGUGCUGAAGAUAAGAAAGACAUUCCCAUCAGAGCACUACACGGGAUUCCGAUAUGUUGACUAUUGAUUUAGUCAUCUGCAAGAUAAAACUUAGAAGAUGCAGAAAAAUGCCAAUGCUAGCCUCCUGGUUAGCUCACAUGCUAUAGAAACAUCCCAGAAACUCAUGGUCCUCGGUUCAAUACUCGGCCGAUGACAAAUUUUUCUGCAGCUGUGGAGUUUUACCUUUCAUCUUUUACGUUCAGUGCAUGUCUGCGGGUUCACGACUUCAUCAGACUUAUUCAAAUAAAUGUUUAUACAACAUGUACAA